UCUCCAGUGGCACAUAUACCCUAUAGCAAAAAUCUCUCUCAUUUAAAAAAAAAAAAAAAACAAAUUUCCUAGAAACUAGAAGCCCAAGAUUAAGGUGUCAGCAGGUUUGUUUUUUUAUUCCCCCGGAGCCUUGCUACUUGACCUUUACAUGGCCACCUUCUCUGUGUCUUCACUUACCUUCCUCUGGGCACACACAUCCCUGGUGUCCUCUCUGUGUCCAGAUUUUCUCGUCUUAGAAGGCUACCAGUCAGACUGGACUAGGCCCACCUCAGCAGCUUCAUUUGAAUAUAAUCGCCUCUUGAAACGCCCAGUCUCCAAAUACAGUCACAUCAUGAGGUUCUGGGGGCCACGACUUCAGCAUAUGGUUUUGGCGGGGGACACGGUUCAGCUCAGCCGCAGUCUGGACUCAUGAAUCCCAGUUCUCAGGCCCAUUUGACUUCAGAGCAAUAAAGGAUGAUUGACACCGGCAACGCAGAACUGCACGUUCGACUUUCUUUGGGGGCUGUAACGGGAGGAGUUUCUCAUCUGUCAGGGUUCUCCAGACUUGGUCCUUGGACUGGAAAACUUCACCUGCCUGUUUUGCAUCUUUUUCUUCAUAUCUGCCUCUUCCUUCCACCAUUGCUAACAAAGCCACAGAUCCAAGCAUGUCAGAACAGGAUUGGUCAGCCAUCCAGAAUUUCUGUGAGCAAGUGAACACUGACUCCAAUGGCCCCACACAUGCGCCCUGGCUACUGGCCCAUAAGAUCCAGUCUCCACAAGAGAAGGAAGCUCUUUAUGCCUUAACGGUGCUGGAGACGUGCAUGAACCAUUGUGGAGAGAAGUUCCACAGCGAAGUGGCCAAGUUCCGCUUCCUGAACGAGCUAAUCAAAGUGUUGUCCCCCAAGUAUCUAGGAUCCUGGGCCACAGAAAAAGUUAAAGGAAGAGUCAUUGAAAUACUGUUUAGUUGGACAGUCUGGUUCCCAGAAGACAUCAAAAUCCGAGAUGCUUAUCAGAUGCUGAAGAAGCAAGGAAUCAUAAAACAAGACCCUAAACUACCAAUGGAUAAAAUAUUGCCCCCACCUUCUCCCUGGCCCAAGAGCUCCAUCUUUGAUGCUGAUGAAGAAAAGUCAAAGCUUCUCACACGGCUUCUGAAGAGCAACCACCCUGAGGAUCUUCAGGCUGCAAACCGGCUAAUCAAGAAUUUGGUCAAGGAGGAACAAGAAAAAUCUGAGAAAGUGUCAAAGAGAGUCAGUGCGGUGGAGGAAGUACGGAGCCAUGUCAAGGUGCUGCAGGAGAUGCUGAGCAUGUACCGCAGGCCAGGGCAGGCCCCGCCUGACCAGGAGGCCCUGCAGGUCGUAUAUGAAAGGUGUGAAAAACUGCGGCCCACCCUUUUCCGGCUGGCAAGUGAUACCACCGAUGAUGACGAUGCACUCGCGGAGAUUCUUCAGGCAAAUGACCUCCUCACCCAGGGAGUUCUGCUAUACAAACAGGUGAUGGAGGGCCGAGUCACCUUUGGGAACCCAAUGACCAGUUCGGUGGGAGACAUACCCGUCUCCAGAGUCUUUCAGAAUCCAACAGGCUGCAUGAAGAACUGCCCCUUGAUUGACCUGGAGGUGGACAGUGGAUCUGAGCAGGCUGGAACUGUGGCAUCAUCUUUGCUUCAUCAGGACUUGGCAGCCUUAGGAAUCAGUGACACUCUUGUUACGAACAAGGUUGCUGAUCAGAACUGCUGUAAGGAAAAGAAGAAUCCUGCUGCCAGCACACUGCCAGGAGGUGGUGGUCAGAGCCCUCCUGCAGAUGGGAACUUGAUGGAGUUCCUCUCACCACAGCCAUCUCCAGGUUCUCUGAAUUAUGUUCCACAAAAAAGUAUCCCCAAGGAAGUACCACCAGGUACCAAGGCCUCCCCAGGUUGGUCCUGGGAGGCUGGUCCACUGGCUUCUUCCCCAUCUUCACAGAAUACACCUCUGGCUCAAGUGUUCGUCCCUUUGGAGUCUGUUAAACCCAGCAGCUUGCCGCCUCUUAUCGUGUAUGACCGGAAUGGAUUCAGGAUUCUACUCCACUUCUCCCAGACUGGGGCCCCUGGCCACCCAGAGGUGCAGGUGUUGCUGUUGACCAUGAUGAGCACUGCCACCCAGCCUGUCUGGGACAUCAUGUUUCAAGUGGCUGUGCCAAAGUCGAUGAGAGUGAAGCUGCAGCCAGCAUCCAGCUCUAAGCUUCCCGCAUUCAGUCCUUUGAUGCCUCCAGCUGUGAUAUCUCAGAUGCUGCUGCUUGACAAUCCACACAAAGAACCUAUCCGGUUACGCUAUAAGCUGACGUUCAACCAGGGGGGACAGCCUUUCAGUGAAGUAGGAGAAGUGAAAGACUUCCCAGACCUGGCCGUCUUGGGUACAGUGUAACUUCUCCCAGGAUGGACACUUCAGUUCCAGCUUAGGCCAAUGUUACUUUAUGCUGUCUAGACAGGACUAGUCACAUGGUUUAGUGCACAGUGCCAAGGGUUUUAUCCCUACAUCAGGCUCUGGAACCAGCCUCUGACUUAUUCUGCAGCUACUUGUGAGUGUGCUUGUAUGUUGGCUUGGGGGAGGGUAAAGCAAGGCCUGGGUGUGGGCAGUGUGGAGACGCCAGAGCAUUUCUGAUGACCAUCUCUGCUAUAAUCGUAUGUUUCUAUAUGUUGGUGGAUACCAGUGUCCCUGCCUCAGGUAGGGGGUUUUAUAAGCCAAAGUUGUUUUGUUUUGUUUUGUUUUCAUGUAUUGUUACCUUUUCAUCCAUCCACUCUGUGCCUUGUCAGCCUUUGAAAGUCUCAGUUGCUCCCAGGCUGCUGUUCUCAGGGACCUUAAAAGGGACCUGGUUGGUCUUGGGGCAGAGAGUAUCUUCUGGGGUACUCUCUUCCAAGAAAGACCUUGUCUCCAUUUUCAUUAGAGAAUGCUGCUUGAAUGUGUUCAGGAAAUCUUCUAAAUGGAAUGCUUCUUGUACUGUUUCCAGGCAAGGGGCUGCUAUGAGACCAGAGGACCACGCUUAGUGGGCCAGUCAUGUCCUUCACCACUGUGCCUUAGAACCGCCCUUAGAUGGCCCCUCAGGGGCAGAGGGUAAAACAGGUCUCAGGCCUUCUUUGGGCCUCACUUUCCAUGGGUUGGGCAGCCUGUCUGGGCCCUUACUCAGGACCCUCAUCUCCAUCCUCAUUCUCUUUCUCCACAGCAUUUGCUCAGAGCUCUUUGAGCGUGACCCAUGUUAUUAUCAGCUAGAGCUAACAGGCCCGCCUUUUCCUGUUGACUUGACAAUCCCAGGUGGAGACCUGUGAUGUACGUAGGUCUGGAAAGAGCAUAGUGGUCCUUCAUGUGCUGACUAAAUGUAGAAGGUCAUUGAAUAAAUACCAUGCACAAACAUAC